AUGGAUGGCGAGGACGGCUCCCAAGCCUGCGUCCCACCAGGUCAGCCAUAUCCGUAUGCAGGAGAGGCUGUCUAUGCCCCAAAUGAGGCCUUACAAUAUGCCUAUGAGCAUGAUUUGACAGUGGACUACACCCUCAAUUCAUUCUCCAUUGCCCAUCUACUCAGCAAGCCUGUCCAAAACACGUUGCCGACGACCACCGAGGACGGAUUCACCGACUGCAGUCAUCUUCCAGAUCUGGAGCUCCCAGUACCCCAGCUACGAAGCGAAGUAUUGACCAUUGCCCACUCGGCACUGAAGCUCCUACACGACACCCGUCGCGAGCUCACAGACGACGAAGUCAAGUCGCUCACACGAGAUGUCAUUGACUCUGGAAACACCAAGAACUUGAAGCUGGAAUUACCAAUUCUUCGAACAGAUAACGAGCGGGAUAUGAGAGAGUUCCGCAAGCAAAUGGCAUCCCGGCAAGACGUCAAUAUCAGAGACCAUCGACUCCCGCUCGAUCCUGUGACCGUGGAAGACGGCGAGGGCAUGCAGCUUCCUGUAUCUGCUCGUGCAGACGCCAACGGCCUUUUGAGAAAGCUUGAAGGAGAGAAACUUGGAGUGACGAGGAGCUCCCUGCAAUUCCUCGCCGACGUGGUCAAAGACGGAUACACCGAGGAGGAGCAGUGGGGUUUUCUCAUGGAACAGGCCAAGGAGACCAAGUGGGUGAAGAACCCGGGAUUGGAAAAGCUGGAAAUGCCCAUCAGCCCGCAGCUCAAACAGAACCAAUUCUUUCCUUCAGAUGACGCUUACCUGAUACCAAUUUCUUCUGAUCCAAGCUCGUCGAUAUUCGCCGAUGAUCUGAAGGCCGCUGAAGAAAAACUAUUCGAAGACUACGGAGACGUGUGGAGCGAGCCCACGUCUCCGAUCCUUGACAGGUUCCUGGAUACAGAGCUUUCAGAGAAAGAUGAGAUGGAACUUCUAGCAGACACUUCUCAGCAGCGACUGACGAAAAGACAUCUCGAUGAUCACAAACUGGACCUACCGAUACUACCUAAUGUGUCGCCCGAAGAGCAGUUCCUGCCCGGAUCAGAAGUGUUUGGAAACUUUGUGGCCGACGAGAUGGAUAUUGAAAAUUUGACUACCAAAUUUGUUGAUAAUUUCUCGGAUGAUAAGUUUGGAGAUGAGUUGGCGAGUGUGGCAGACUCGACAAUGAGGAACAUCGAACAGGAGCAGCUCCAGGCAGCUGAUGCAACAGCUCGCGUUCCGGUACCUAUCAUGGACUUUUCCAUUCCUGAACCAGAAUGGGCACGGUUAGUCAACAACGGAGAAGCUAUUUUCAAGUGGAUACAGUGCGGCAACGAUGGACUCUUUAGACUCCCAAAAUGGCCCCGAGACAGCGUCACCGAGAGCAGGCUGGUAUGGAGGCCAAUCGGUUCUGGUGCAAGCACCGUCUCGACGAAGGAGACAAUCAACGCGGCCGACGCUCUGAUCGAAACAUUCGUCGAACGUCUCGAGAGUGGCGAGGUCCCCAACAGCCUUGACUUCGUCCAGAAACGAGAGAGACUGGCGAUACUUGAACACAACAGCGAGGAUGAUGAGAUCGAGACCCAAAUGGAGAAACCGAAGCAGCGCACCUGUGCUGCCCUUGAAAUUAGAAAAAAGAGAGCAAUCGAUGCAGCGGACAACACAAGCUCGAAAAAGCCGCGCUCGUCUGCGAAUUAUGCCGGUAAAAACGGCCAAUCUUUGCUUCUGGGAGGGUCACCGGGGGCGUCUGCAAAACUCUUGAGCAACUUCAUGGAGCUUCAUGCACCGAAAAAGAAGUGGUCCGUCAGCAAGUACUUUCCUUCAGUGAAAGAUGCAACAGACGUGCUCCCACCUCCCCCAAAACCAUCUGAGAAGCCUCGCGAGUCGGGUGAGCCCGAUAUUGCAGAGAAAGCGGAGUCUGUACAACACUCAAAGUCGACUACUCGGGCGCCUUAUCCACAUUUCAAGCCCAUGUCCACUCCGUUGACAAUCUUCAUCUCUCUUCGUGCCCCCAGACACCUGAUACGAGCCCUUGAGGGCCUCCUUCCCGGCCUCUCCUUGAUGGAACGCGACUACAAUAAACACAACACUUCGGUCUGGAGCCCAGAUUCCGUUUCCCGUACUGAGGUAGUUCCACCUCUCGCCUUUGAUGCGGACCUUACUCUCUCCCCAUCGACUGGAGUUGCUAUCACAUCCAUGAUAAUGGUUCGCCAGAAACCACGUCCACAAUCGGCCAGGAACGGUCUGCAAGAGAGAAUCGAAAAGAUUGCUCUUCGGUACGACAGAUUGAUCAUCCUGGUGGGAGGCGGGGGUGGCCCUGACGAUACUCUCCGGGAGAUGGGGUCCUCAGAUGCGGCAGCACUCACUGAUUUCCAGGGGUUUGCGAGCGGGCUCCAGUGCAAUAUUCUGGUGUGCUAUAUCGGUGGCGGUGACGAUACACUGUCAAGAUGGGUUGCAUCUCUUGUAUGCCGACAUGGCCAAUCCGACCCAAAUAUACAGAACGCUCUCAUCGAAGCCGAAACUCUUUGGGAGCUCUGGCUACGAAGGGCGGGAUUCAAUGUCUACGCGGCACAGACGGUGGCUGGGCAGCUGAAAGUGCCCAAGACUGAGACAGACACGAAGCGAGGACACCAUGGGCUGGCCGCAUUCGUCACAAUGACUCGGAACGAGAGGAUGCGCCGGUUUGGACCGUUGGUUGGGCCACGGGUCCUGGAGCGCGUUAGCGAGGUUGUAGAUGAGAUUUGGAACAAAGCUUGA